AUGACAGAUGUCAAAAAGACAAUCAGUAAAAAAACAUUUCUUUUAAAAAACAAUAAGAAAUUUAUUGUAUAUUUUUUUAAUUUAAUUGGGUAUAAAAAUUUGCUUUUUACCCCAUGUAUGUUAUUUAUAGUUUUAUCUGCAAUGCUUAGAGGUGUAAUUAAUCUUACUAUUGAAAUAUCUGGGGAGUUUUACACAAAUGAUUUUAAGGUUGAUCAAUAUAAAAUGGCUAUAAACCUUGAUGAAGGAAUGAAUAAUCAGGAAUUUCAAAGAUUAAUUAAAAAGGUUGCAAUAUCAUACCAAAGAUUUGCAAAGUUACGUCCUCUGCCAGAGUCUUUUUCAGGCAAGUAUUUGAAUAGUUCAUGUAACGAAACAACAUACUCUUUGAAUCCUAUUAUUGUAGUAACUGUAAACAAUAAACUAAUUAGUGCAAGAAGAUUAAAAAUACUAAAAAUUAUGUUUAUGAUAACGCGAUUACAGCUUCAAAAUUGGGCCAUUAUUGAUAUUUUUGACGAAAAGAUCGAAAAAUAUCUUAAAAAGAGAUUUAAUGUAAAACCAAAAUAUCCGAUGUGUAAAGAUGUUACUAGAAAAAGAUUACUUAAACUUAAGGAUGCCUGUGUAGUAUUAAAAAGAUAUAAAAAACAAUCAGUUCUUCAUUUAGCUAAACAUUUUAUGAUGUAUUACACUAGUGAAAAUUUAUCUUUGCAUUUUACGGACAUGUACAAUUUUUUGUUGGCUGAUGAUGAAAUGAUAUUUGAAUGUGAUGAAAAAAUUAUUUCUGUCAUCUGCCUAGUUAAACUACAUAUUCUAGUCGAUUUCGUAUUUUCAUACGACGAAUUAAUGUUUUUAAAACAUUUAUAUUAA